AUGGGAGACCCUAUCAGCCUCGCAUCCGGCGUUCUCGCCCUGACCAGCUUUGCCCUCCAGUCUACCAAGGUGCUCUAUGAAGUUAUAGAGAGUUUUAGGCACCAUAGUAGGACGGUACGAGAGCUCAAAGAGGAACUGGAGAGUCUGGAAGGUGUCCUAAGCUCUCUUCAAAAUCUCCCAAAUGAUGAACAGAUCGAUAUCUCGGCUCUCAAGUUGCCUCUUUUAAGGUGUGGCGAGGCAUGUCGAGGCCUGGCUGUCGUCAUUGAACAAUGCACCGGUCGUUCAAGCAACGGUCAAGCGAGCUUUCGCGACUGGUUCAUGUUGACGUAUCGAGGAAAAGAUAUUACUGGCUUUAGGAAUGUUAUUGGUGCAUACAAAUCGACGAUUGCUAUUGCAAUUGCAGAUGCGAACCUGCGACAUACCAAUGUGACCGCGCAACUCCUUCGCGAGUACAAGGAGAUGAUUGACAAUACCACCAUGGAUCUUCAGGAAAUUCUAGAGCAAGCGGAGACUAAGUUGGGCAAGUAUACGGUACAAGAUGGAUCACCGUCUGCCGAAGUCCCAAAUGAUCUCAAUCGACUGUCCAUCGAAGAAGAAAGAGCCUCUAUUGAGCACUGCCUCAACGUCUGUAAAGACGUAGAAAGUCAUCUGGAGGCAGUCAGGGCGGGAAUCUCUAUCAGCCGCGACGAUGGUGAAACUUCAAAUCUUUUGCGGACGCGGCAAAGUCAAGCCCACUUACUCACGAGCGAAAAGCUGAAUGACUGUAAGACCGGCAUUAGAUUCACUAUUUCUGAACUGCAGCUGCGCAUGCAAGACGCUGAUCAUCGACUUCGUCGGCUGCUGGACCCAAGUCGUCCCCGGGUUUCCCCUUCUCACUCAGAUGCAGAAGAGCUCGAGAGUAUUCGCAAGUGCCUUAGUAUUUGCGAAGAUGCCACAGAGGAACUCGCGAAGGAGCGAGUAAACGUUUUUGAGGAUGUGCAUAUGACAGACGACGCCCACCAAGUCAUCGUGGCGACCAUGGGAGAUCUAAUAUCGGCAAGAAACAUCUCUACUGGUGCGAGAUCGAAGCAGUGGUUAGGUCAAAUGUCCGACGCGUCCCUUCAACAGCUUUCCAAAGACAACAGAUGGCCGGUAAAUGAUGCCGCGUCUGAGCAUUCCCCGGAAAACACGCCUACGGAAAGGGAGCCAUCGAAUACAACCACCGACAGCUCACGAGUUAGGCUCCAUCCGCGGUUUGAGGGUCGCCACGGUUCGGGUCGGAAACUUGGGUAG